AUGAAAUCAAUAUUUAUUCCUACUCUACUUUUUUGUUUCAUUUCAGCACCACUGCUUUCGAGUUCGACUGACAUUCAUUCGAACGCAAAAUGGAUACAGAAUGGUCUUACUGUGGCUGGCGGAAAUGGGCAAGGCAGUGGAAUCAAUCAACUUCAUAACCCAUGGGGUUUAUAUGUCGAUGAUGAUGAAACCAUUUAUGUCGCUGAUUGUGCGAAUAAUCGCAUUGUGGAAUGGAAAUGUGGUGCGACCAGUGGCCAAGUGGUUGCCGGUGGAAAUGGAAAUGGAAAUGGGGCUCAUCAGUUAUAUCACCUAAGAGAUAUGAUUGUCGACAAAGAGAGAAAUUGUCUCAUCAUCAGCGAUGAAAGUAAUAAAAGAGUAGUUCGAUGGCCUCGUCGAAAUGGUACUAGUGGAGAAACUAUCGUUUCAAAUAUCUCUUGCUACAGUUUGACAAUGGAUGAGAAUGGAUCUCUCUAUGUCGCUGACUACGUAAAACAUGAAGUGAGACGAUAUAAAAUUGGUGAUACUGAAGGAACAGUAGUUGCAGGUGGCAAUGGAAGUGGAAAUCGUCUUGAUCAACUUUCUAAUCCCCACUAUGUAUUUGUCGAUCGAGAUCAUUCAGUGUACGUGUCCGAUUGUUCCAAUCAUCGUGUGAUGAAAUGGGAAGAAGAUGCAAAACAAGGCAUUGUCGUAGCCGGUGGUCAAGGAUCUGGCACGGAUCUUACACAAUUGUCAAGUCCUCGAGGAAUUGUUGUCGAUCAAUUAGGCAAUGUUUAUGUGGCUGAUCAAGGGAAUAAUCGAAUCGUGCGUUGGCUCAAAGGAGCCACACAGGGAAGCAUCAUUGUUGGUGGAAACGGUGCUGGAGGACAAUCGAAUCAACUCUCUACUCCCAUAGGUUUAUCAUUCGAUCGACACGGUAAUCUCUAUGUCGUCGACCAGAGUAAUCAACGAGUACAAAAAUUUAAUAUCGAUUCAAAUUCAUAG